CAGCGGGGCUCAUUGAAAUGAACAGUGUCGAAAGGCAGAAUGAACACGUUUCAGCAGCUUUUCAAUGGCGACAGUUCUGGGAAAAGACAACUGGGGCAUAGCGGCCCGCGUUACAAUUCCUUCGUAGACCUGAAUCUAAGCGUCACUCUCUGUGAAUAUAUAGUCAGGCCAUAUGUCUCAUUAGUGUGGAGAGCAACAUUAAACAGAGCUUUCAGAGGUAAGGAACUACUGUAGGUUUGACGGGAAGCUAAACCCGUUGCUCAGUAUUACCGCUGUUAACAAGUGAACGACCCGAGGGCCUGGAACUUAUUGCAGACAUGUCUACUCGUAGCAGGACUUUUCACGACAGCGCAAUAUCCGGAAUCGGCUACCUUGCGCAACUAUAAGGACCGAGAGUAACGACUUAAGUAGUGGUGCUAGGGAUCACAUGUUUGCCUCAUCUUUCCUCUGCGAGGCCCACGCCGCACGAGUAGACCACGUCGGUGGGUAGUCGCGACCGAAAGGUCACACAACGCACACACGCAGCGAUCGCGGAGCCGCCGGAAGCCGGGCUUCGUCCGAGCGAUGGCGGCGGACCCCAGCAGCUUCCCGCCCGUUCGCUGCUGUGCGUGCUGGGCGGCCGGUCCGAGGAGUACGGCUCGAUGUCGGUGGACGGCCUCUGCGACGUGGCCCUGGCGCCCUUCUACGCGCUGCCCGGCGGCGACACCUUCCUCAACGACGGCCACGUGGUCACGCAAGCGGUGCUCGAGAUGGCCGCCAAGUCCAUCAAGACGACUUACGGCAUCCACGUCCCGCUCGAAAAACUGCCUCAGGCGAGAACCGACCUCAUGAGACAGAAAGCCCAGGACAGGAUGAAAUACUACUGGAUCGAGCACAACAUCUACCACUACGCGGUUCUAGACCUGGAGAUUGGGCUCAACGGCACUGCAGCUUCUGAUAUAGUCGGCCGAGUUUUCACCGUCCUUAAGCUGUUCGCAAAGAUCCAGGAGGCGAUUCGCCAGGCGGUGUCGUCCGAACGCACGUCGGAAGCGCAGCCCGACGCUUACAUCCUAUUGGGCGUCCACCUACGGAUGGCCACCAACGACGGACUUUUCAAGGCGCUUCAGGCGAACGUCCGGUCCUUCACGAUCAGCGCCCUCAUCGCCAGAACUCACGUCACCGAGCGCGACCACGACGGCUGCAAGACGAAUGGUCCUGCGCCGUACGAGAUUGAAAACAACGACCAUAUUAUGGGAAUGGCCAACGCUGUGGCCUACGUGAGGACGUUCCCCUGGGUGCAGCGAACGUCCCUGGCCGUCUCGUUCACGCUGUGCGCUCACUGGUACCGGCCCAAGAAGGAGUUCCUGGUCGGGGUCGAUUGCGUCAAGGACGUCAUGUCGGUGUCGUCUUCCGGAACCGUGUGCAGCGAAAAACCGGACUUUUUCGCCAACCAGGCCGUCGACAAGACGCAGCACACGGCGUUCUCGUGGCAGGUACCUGAUCUCAUGGCCACGUACGACACCGCUGACACGAUGCAGUGGAAGAUGUGUUCGCUGGCGUUCGAGUACCGACGCCUGAACCUGGCCGUCGCCCUGUUCGACGUGGAGUGCGACGACUGGCAAUCCGAGUGCACGCUCCCCAGCGCGUCGCAAAUGCGGGGUCACGAGAGGACGCGAAGGAUGCGUGCGUACCUGCGCGGCCUGCAGUCGUCCGGCCACCGGAACGGCAACGUCAGCACCGCAUGCCAGGGAGUGCAGAAGGAGGCCCUGGCAUGAGCGCGCUCUUCACCGAGGCAUGACGGGCACGUCCGCGCGCAUAAGCACCGCACGGAUUGUCAAUGCGCAUUUAUCGAUGGCAAGAGGUUUCAAUAAACUUAUCGUGAUAGCUCUUUU